GUUCUGUAUGCUCUAGAGUAGCGGGGCAAUAAAUACCAAGCUACUCUAAUCGGUCAACUUUACAAACUGUUAGGAGCAGUAAUCUUCUAAUUUAAACAUGCAAUUACUGGUGUGUUGCUUAAAGUAUAUUUUGUGGCUGCUUAUGUGGCGGUACUAAUAAGCAGUGAUAUUACCUGCAGAGUUUAAGUGACCUAAACUCUUUGCCUUAAGUAGACCUAGUAAUCCAUAUAGAGACAUACACUCCUAGGUAGGUCCUUGUGCUUUUCCCCUCUUUUUCUUUCUAUCUACUUGACAGCACUUGAGAUUACUAAAAAUGUAUCUCCUUAAAGCAGUAUAUUUUAUUAGCUUCUUCAGGACUAUUUCUGCCCAGGGGACUCUAACGAUUAAUACACCAUCGAACGCUUUCGGAGAACCACUCUUGGUGACUUGGAUAGGCGGCACCCCACCCUACUUUCUUUCUAUCUUGCCAGGAAAUCAACCUUCAGCAGCUGCUCUCCAAGAUUUCGGGCAGGUAACAGGCAAUUCGCUUAUCUGGACUGUUAAUUUUGCCCCGGGAAUUUCACUAUCUUUUACUUUAAGAGAUUCAACCGGCGCCACUGCUCAAUCAGCUCCAUUUACUAUCAUGGGUUCUCCAGACACCACAUCAAUCACGACCUCUAACUCUGGUCCUCUGGCUACCACACUGAUCACAACCUCUGACUCGGUUGGCAACAACUUCACUAUAACCGGAGUGAUCCUCACAUCAGGUACCAGCAGGACCACUGUCCCUUGUCGCACUGUUAUCACAACAGAUAGUGCAGGAAUAACGGUAACUAGGACUGAAACAGGCUCAUCCGUCGUACGUUUUUCCACUUCUUUACUGAAACCGAUCACUAACAAGAUGUGAGC